CCAUAUCUACUUUGCAUGUUUUUUUUGUUUGGUCAAGAAAGAAUGGGGAGAACAUUUGUUUGUAGUUUGGUUUUGUUAUGCUUUUUGAUUCCUUUAACAGUUGCAGAUUGGAACAUAUUAAAUCAGAAGACACACAAUGGAUUGAAGAUCAGUUUGAAGAAUUAUUGUGAAAGUUGGAGAAUGAAUGUUGAGCUGCAUAAUAUUAGAGACUUCCAAGUUGUGCCUGAAGAAUGUACUGAAUACAUUACAAAAUAUGUCAAGUCUACACAAUACAAAGUUGACUCAGAAAGAACAACUGAAGAAUGCUUGGUUUAUCUUAGUACCAGCUGCAAUCUGAAGAAAGAUGGCAAAGAUGCUUGGAUUUUUGACAUUGAUGAUACUCUUCUUUCAACGAUUCCUUUCUACAAGAAUAAUUUGGGAAAGAAAAUCAAUGUGACAGCAUUGGAGGAAUGGAUGAGCAAGGGUAAAGCCCCUGCUCUUGACUACUCAUUGAGGUUCUUCAAUGAGAUUAAAUCUAGAGGAAUUCAGAUCAUUUUGAUUUCUGGGAGGAGGGAACAUCUCAGAUCAGCUACAAUCGAUAACCUUGUCAAUGUCGGUUACCAUGGGUGGACAGGUCUUAUUUUGAGAGAUCCUACUAAUGAAUUGGUGUCAGUGGCAGAAUACAAGUCUCAAGUGAGAAAAUAUUUAACUAGUAAAGGUUAUCGCAUUUGGGGAGUUUUAGGUGACCAAUUCAGCAGCAUUGCGGGGAAUACUGGCGGUAUAAGAGCAUUCAAACUUCCAAAUCCAAUGUACUAUGUUGCCUAGUUUAUCAGCUAUUGUAACAGCAUUGUUUCUUUCCCAUUUUAAAUUUCUUAUAGCUGCACUGGUGUUUAAGGAAUAUCCAUUUGGUAGAAGGCAGACAGCCAUAUCCAUGACCAUGUGGAUAUUGUAUGUCUUACCAGAAUCACAUGCAGGCUUAUAAUUAUUCUAAAAAUGCCCAAAAGUUAUAUGGAGCAUUAUUUCUCAAAACAUCUAGAGUAUGUAUGAAAUACUACAUCGAGUGACAAAACUGUGAGUCUCCUUGUAUCUAUUAGAUAAUAGAUACGGUUCUGGUUGAAGAAGCUUUUCCUGGAGUAUAAGUAUUGUAUGAAUCUCUUAGUUGACAAUCAAUUUUCUUCUUUUAUCUCCA